AUGGGUGUUGCCAAUCUUCGUGUUAUGCAUUAUGUGCAUAAAGAUAAGGCCUUCGCGUACUGGUCUUGUACAUGUGUCUACGCACCUGAAUCUCGGUAUUGCUCUGAAGAGCACAAAAAGAUGGCCUUAGCAGAACGGGAAUAUGAGCUACCACAUAACUUUGCCAAUGUCCAUUUGCAUACGAAUAUGGAGGAUCUUGUCCUACCAAAGAUUAUAAGCUAUUUGAGAGAUCCUCAACUAGGUAUCAUUGAAAUACCUAAUCUACAAUACAUAGACGACGUUUUUAAUGUCACUCCCACUGAGCAACCAGAUAUGUUCUCUACUAACCUCGACGAAAGAGAAGAAUUCAACAUAUGGUUGUUUAUGAUGAUUUCGUGA